AGGGGGUGGAGUUAUUAUAGUCUCCCAUUGGGUGACAGUCCAGACAGGCGUACUAGACUGAUUACUACCGCUACCAGAAUACAGAAAGCAGUGUGAGGGCGUCGGGUGAGCCAGCAGCCGCAGCAGCUCGGCCCUACCUGUCCUCCAUUUCUGGAUCCAGAUUGGAGGUGGAUGCUAUAAGAAAGCGUUAUUUUGUGAUCCAAUGGAGGCAGCCGUACUGAACCCCGCGAUCAUGACGGAGGUGGACUGCAACAGCAACACCCUGAACGCAGAGCUGGAGGUGAAGAAGCUUCAGGAGCUGGUCCGGAAACUGGAGCGGCAGAAUGAGCAGCUGCGGACCCGGGCGAGCGGCUGCGCAGGCGGCCCGCAUGUGCUGCCUAUACCUCCGGCGUGCGUCGGGGGAUACUGCCUACCCAGCCCGCCUCCCACCCUGCUGUGCCAGACGUCCUUGGGGUCAUUCGCGCUCCCACCGGAGGAGCCUUUCGACUAUCUCCACCGGCACACCGCCGGGGACGGAGAGGCUGCCGCGGGGGAGGCGGAGGACGCGUCCGAGCCGUCGGUUCUGGAUGAGCUGGAGCUUUUGGACUUGGAUUCUCUGUGCUGCUCAGAGGAGUCUGAUGAAUCAUGGUUGUAUGUAUCAUCAAGAGCCACAGAGUCCUCAGAUGAUUCCCUCACACCUCUGCAGUGGUGCCGGCAGGUUCUGGACUGCCCCAAAUCGGAGGUGGAGGCUGCGAGGCGAUCGCUGUCCCUCCGACUGGAACAAGUCUCCAGGUGGCGUAGCUCACUGUCCAGCCCUUCCCCCUCCUCCUCCUCCUCCUCUCCCGGUCCUCCCCUGAGUCGAGUUGCUGGGGUGUCACCCAUCAGCGCCUCCCCUUCAGCCAAACCCUGUUCCACUCCCCAGUCGUCCGAAAGACACGCUCCAUCCCUCUCCUCCCCGCUCCACCCGAUCCUCCAUCGGACGCUGAGCCCCGUAGGGAAGGAGCUCUCCCCCGUAGCCGAGAGGACUCCCACGUUCCUCUCUCACCUAGCCAACCGCAACCGCAGUCUCCGGCGCUCGGCCCUCAGCCCACAGUCAUCCAUGGACAGUGACCUUGGUGCUUCAGAGGCGGAAGACGACUCCAUCGCUCUGGGAUACAAACUGCAAGACCUCACUGAUGUCCAGGUUAUGGCCCGGCUGCAGGAGGAGAGUCUAAGGCAGGACUACGCCAGCACGACGUCCAUCCUGGCCAACCGCCGCAGCCAGAGCUUCACCUUCCAGCUCAGCCAGCUCAGCGCAGGCCCCGACCUGGAGGAGGAAGACGAGGAGGACGACGAAGACUACGGCCUCCUGCCCCCGCCGCAGCCGCGCCUCACCCGUCUGCCGCAUUCCCACACCUUCUCCAGCAUUCGAGAUUGGCGAAGAAGCACCAGUUCCCUGUCCACCCCUCCUUCCACCCCCUCCACCCCUCCGUACCCUUCCGCUGGGUUCGCCUUUCAACCUCAGGCCCACACCCAGCUCCAGGGUUUGGGACUGGGCAGCCCCUGCACAGCCGAGCUGCAGGGCUUCAGACCAGGAUCAGCCGAAUAUGAGAAUAAGCUGCGGAGGAGCAUGCCUAACCUUGUCAGAGCUCCCAGCAUGCCAAGUGUGCCCAUUCCAACCAAUCCUAGCGCUUCCCCUUUGCUUCGUAACAGCCAGAGCUUUGAUUCGUCCAGUGGGCUGGCUCGCCUGCAGUCCUCCAUCCCCUCCCCAGGCCAGCUGCAGAACAGAGUCCAGAGCGUGGGCAACUUUUCCUCGUUGUCACGGCAACCCCUAAAAGCCACCGCCUACGUCAGUCCCACUAUCAAAGGCUCGGCCACCAUGCCGACCUCCACCAGCCUCCAGUCAUUGAACUGCAGCAGCGGGAGUAACAGCGGGAUCCCCAUGCUUAGUAAACUGCCUGGCGGAGGGGCGACGCCCACUUCCACGCCGACCACUCCUCGCAGCAGCCUGCCCCGCCCCGCCUCCUUCAUUGGCACCCCAAGCUCCACCCCACGCAGCAAGGCAGCCCAACCAGCGCGCAGUUUACUGACGCCUCCAAAGAGCUUGUCCACCCUCAGUGCCCUUCGUGACAGCACCUGGAGAGACGGCUGCUACUGAUGAAUGGAUGAACUGGUGCAGUAGUGCAGUGGCACCCCGCUGGCUGGGGUAACUCACUACUCCUCAACAUCAAAGUUUUCAUUGGGGACCUUGAAUGGGUUUGACCAAAAAGUAACUGUUAAGAUGACCUUAAAUCUGAGAUCCUGCAUAGAAUAGUUAAAAUGGUAUCAGACGGACCACAGUUGAGGGGUCUCCACAUGAACUGAUCUCUCAUGUCACCUAUUCGAUUCUAUGCAGAAUUUCUUCGGGGAAGGCGGGUUGAUUCUUUUGUUUUUUUCUGGAUUUGAGUGUGUGAGUUUGGUCUGUGCCAAGUUGCUCUUGUGCAAUAAACCACUGGCUGUAGGGUACCAGUAAUACUAACCUGCUAAAGAGGGCUGCCAGUUUUUAUGAAAUGAGCCUCACGAUAUUAUAUUUAUUUAUAUAUUUAUUUUGAAUAAAUGUUUUGACUAAUCACGUGUUUUCCCUCUGGCAAGAAGCGCCAAUGAUGCUGCUAAAAUUUAAUCAGUCCCUGUUAGAUUGGGCACAUUUGGUCUAAUUUUUACAAGCAAGACAUUAAAGUAUGUAUUCGUGUUCAAAGCUAACUAUUAAGUGUGCAUAUAUAUAUAUAUAUAUAUGCAAUAUUAUUGAAUUUUAAAUGUGAAUCUUGACCAAAAUGAAAUGUCUGAAUGUGUUUACAAAAUUGUCUCACCAUGGCAUCACAAAACUUUGUGCAUAUUAACACUUUAAAAUUGUUUAAUGACCUAUAAGGGAUCUGUUCAUGUUGCACUUUGUAUAAAUCUCUGGACUUACUGAUAUUUUUAUGUUCUGUUUACUAAUAAUUGCACUUCCUUUUACAUUUGCAACUGUUGUUAAUAAUAUGUUUUUGGGAGAUAUCACAGUUAAACAUGGCAUAAUGUAGCACUCUUUGUUUGUAAUAUUUGACUUAUGUUUUUAAAUGACCAUUAUCACAGCACAUUUCACAAAAUCCUAACACUUUGUUACUGUGAUGGACUGAAUGAGUGAAACAUUUUAAUAAAACACACUGAAUUAAA